AGAUAUUUGACUUGAACUGGCUGCUCACCAUCCAGCAAUCUCCCAAUAAUGAGUUGUUUUCCGACAUAAGUUCGGUGCAGCCAAUUCUCCAGUGGACAUUAUGAGACAAGCUGUUGCUAGGAGAAUAGUGACAAAGCCAGACAACCCAACAGGGAGCUCUUAUUUUUGGUCUAGACAACAAAAGCAACAGGGACCCGACCAAAGAUAUACCAGGCUGUGUUCCAUGAUAUAACAUGAGCCAGGACUACAGGUGUCUUCAAAUGCAACAGAAACAGUGUCCAUCACCCAGAAGCUGUGUUGAGUUCAAACACUACCGCCGUCUAGCUCACAUCAUUACCAUCUGCAGGGAGGGCGAGCAGGCAGCAGAGGGAGACUUCUUUUUACCUUUUUCACAGGUUGGACUACAGAGAAGCAACAGGCACAGUGGGAAAGGGCUGCGGAUGACCUGUGUGAUAUUUUUCCUUCUGGCAUUGACCUUCCUCAUGGGAUUAGUUGGAAAGGAUGACACUGAUGUACAAGACUAUGAUGCGGACAUCUUUCUUCCAACCAAAGCGUUGUGGUUGUUUGGAUGUCUGCUGUUGUGGACUGUUUGGUUGCUCCUGCGCCUUCUCCAGAUGUUCCUGUGGUUGAUCAAAGGGCUGCUGUGGUUUAUCUCCAUCUCUGUGUCCCCACUGUGUCACUGUUUGACGCUCCUUCUGUCCUGUCUUCUACUGCUGCUGCAUUACAUGUGCGAUGCAGUGUUUUUUGCAACCACCAGUCCUGUGUUUGUUUAUAGCAUGCUUCUCAGUGUUGGCGUUUCAUAUCUCAUUUUCACCAGGUGAGAGCCAAACAUACAAAGAUUUCCCAUGUGAAAUAGAUCAUUUACAUAGAAAAAUAGAAUAAAUUAAAAUGUAAAAUCUCAGAUAUGAUCAAUAAGCUUUAAACCUGAGACUAUUGCAGUUUUCCUCUUACGAAUGAACGUUGGAUUUAUAGGCAAUAAAACACACCCUUGCUCAGUUGAAUACACUCAGGAGUUUUGUAGCUAUACCCCCACAUGAUCUGGUAUGACCAGCUAGCUUAUGGUGGCUAAUGUAUUUGUUGCAAUGUAACAGAUAUUGCUGAGACAGUUUGCCAACUUUAUGACUUUUCCCUUCUUGUGCUACUGUUAAACCAGGUUUUAACAUUUAACAUAAUUGUCAUUGUUGACCACAAUGGCUGCCAUUCAGCAAAAGUUACAUUGUCUCACUUUAAAAUAGAGGAAUAUUAACCAGUGAAUUAAUCAGGAGUUUAAAAUAUAACAUUUUAUAAAGACAUACAUACUGUACCUAUGAAUGUUUAGAGUGAGAGUUUACAAUUCAUAUUUAAAGUUUUAUAUACUGUAUUAAGACUUAGUAUGCGUGUAUUAAUGUAACAAUUCAUUUAUUUUAUUUAUUCAAACUUGAUAAUGUCUAAUGUAUUAUUGGUGGGUUUUUUUGCAUGUAGUAAUUUAAUGUGUUGAUUUAUGAUAGCACGAAUGAUAACAUACAUCUAUAAUAAAAACCAAAUGUCUUUGAUAUAAUAAUGAAUAUCCAAUUUAAUGAUAUUUAAUGACGCCAUUAAAAAUCCUAAACUCU